CCAACAUCACCGAGAUGGGCGCAGCUCUCCGCUAUAUCUGUUUGGUAUAAGAAGAUAUCAUCAUGAGUCUGGGUGACAAGCCGAUGGAAAGUUGGACUGAGAACGAUGUCAGCAGCUGGUUGUCUUCAAUUCAAUUAAAACAGGAAUACAUCACUAAACUUCAUGAAGAAGAAGCCACAGGUGCAGUGCUAAAAAUCCUCAGUGAACGUGAUCUAGGAAAAAUGGGAAUGAAAAAACUUCAAAUACAACUUUUACUCAGAAAAAGAGAUGAACUGUUAGAAAAAGAGAUUCAAAGAAAAUCACCAAAGCGGGAGGACAAAGGGGAGGGGAUAAGCUCCAUUAAUCCCCCAGACACAGGUUCAUCAUCUGCCAAACACAAGACAGAGGGGGAAGAUCAGAGAAAUAGUAAAAUCCUACAAGAAAAACCUAGAGAUACUCAGUCUGAUCCAACAAAAAACAAGGAACAAACACAUCAGACCAACAGAAAUACUCAGAAUGAAGCUACACCAUAUCCAGAAAUGUCCAGUCCAGAUGUAAAUAAACUUGUGGAAAAGCAGUCUAUAAAAAGUCCUAGUUCAGAAGAAGGACCCAGGGAGAUCACGAAAAAGAAAAAGAAAAAAAACUCAGGUGCUAAUACAAAACCACAUCAGACAAAGGAAGGUCAACCGGGGGAGGGAGAGGAGACAACUUCAGGAAAGAGUACUGUAUCUCACAGCUUAACAGAAAAAAUGAACCCUUCUGGAAAUAAAACCAAGCCGCCCACAGAAAAUUCAUUGGAGAAUAAAGAGAUUCCUCAGGGCACGUCACCAAAAAAUCAGAAUGCCCCUCAAUCCGAUACAUCAAGGACACACAAAGAAAAUAUAACCAGAGAAGAUAAACCCAAAACGCAGAAUCCUUGCUGUACAAGUGCAUUUGUAGAACCUUGUCAGCCACCUGGAAAAAAAACGGAGCAACCUCCAAAAACUAAAGGCCAAACAGAUACAAAAGACCAAUUUGCAGAAGGUUUAAGUCAAAUAAAUGUGUCGUCAGAGAACAAACCUCAACAAAACAUUUGCAAUCCAACCUCAGAAAACAAGUUAGUGUCUCCUGAGAUCAGCAACAUUGACAACAUUGAGCCCAAAGAAGGUCAGCAAAAUGCCACCACCAGAAAUAAACCCAACCAAGUGGACAAACCAGUUCAGAAAAGUAAAAAAAAGAAGUCCGAGACACCUCAUGAGACCAUAAACCAAAAGCAGAAGGAUGGGCAACAUGUAAAAAGAACAGCUAAAGCUGAAUCAGAAGACAAACCUCAAGAAAACCAGAGAAAAUCAUGUUCAGAUGAGAAAAGUCCCACAAAGCAAAAUUACAGUAUAGAGGGAAAACUCCCAGAAAUUAAUAUCAAUUUAACAAAAAGAUCUAUUGAAGAGGACCAACUACCUCAGAGGAAAAGCAUCAAUGUUUCUGAAGAGCACCAAGAUACAAUGAGCCCAGAAGAUAAAAACCAAAUAGUGGCAAAAAGUUCUGAAAGGAUCAAUGGUUCAAAAGAGAACGCCAGACCAGUCCAGAAGCCAAAAGACUUACAAUCUUUUACACAGAGCAUUUUCCGACCCUUCAAUAACCAUGGUACAAAUGUAAAAUAUGUGAAAAACCAGGUACUUACCCCUGAGACAGGUGUCAUUAAUCUGAUCACUCCUUGUCAUGAGUACAAAUCAUUUGCUAUUGCCGCAGACUUGGAUAGGCCAAGACUUCUAGCAAAACUACGAAAGGAGACCUUUAAAUUUGCUGCCGCCUGUCUAAACAUGAGAACUAAUGGAACCAUACACUUUGGCAUCACGGACAGUGAGAAAGACAAAGGCUUCAGACAUGGACAGAUAGUUGGUAUUCCAAUUUACAAUAUAGAAUGGUAUGCAGAUUUAAAAAAUGAUUUGGAUCAGUGCUUUACUGAAGCCAGUGAAUAUGAAGCUGCAGCGGCGUGUAUUUACCCCCCUGAAUUUAUUGAGGUUGUUGAUGCGGAGUUGGAAGAGAAAAGGUUUGUUGUGGAAGUAGAUAUUGAGCCUCUAUUUAUCAGAGUAAAGGAGAAAACAUUUCAUGUGUGCUUGCCAAAGUUUGAUAAGAAAAAGAAUAAAACUUCUUAUCAAGAUAAAACUAUAUAUGAGAGGAUAGGGACAAAAUCACAGUCCAUAAAAAUAGAGGAAAUUAAUACAGUAAACCAUAGGAGAUGUGAAGCAGAUAAGAGGAGAAAGGAAGCCGAGGAGGCCAAUGUCAGUGAAGCACACAGAUAUGAAAAUCUAGGUAGAAAAGUAUCUGUCCUGCUAACAAAUGGUAAGCAGUACUUCGAUGACACACUGCAAUAUGUACUCAUCACAAACCGGUGCGAGAAACACCAACUACAACACUUAACCUUUUUGAAAUACUUGAAAAUGUUGUGUGUUUUUGAUUUUGAUGCAGAGUCUGACACCAGUGGGCUACACUCCAAGUGUAAAGAUUACCAUCUGUCAAAUAUAUUCUCCUUAAAGAGCUAUGCCAGUGAGUACGGGAAGAACCUGGAUGACAUUAUUAAUAAUCUGGGGUUCUUCAAGCACACAAGCUGGAUAUUUUGUAAUGGACGAAAGAGUUUUGAUGGGGAAGAUUUACCAUGUGAUGAGCAAUCUUGGAUCAAAGACAAAAUGAAGCACUUUAAGAAAGCAGUUUCUUUAAUAUGUGAUAAUAUUAAGAGAGGAUCCUUCAUUGUGCUCUUCAUGCUGUUUUCCCCUGUGGAAAAGCCAAUUGUUAAAGCCUUGAUGGAAUUUUAUGAGGAAUUGAGCGGGAUGGAGUACAUCACUUGUAUCACAGAGUGUGAAGAAUAUUACACACAGUGGGCUGGCUUGGCACAAGCAACAUGUAACAGAACAGAACUUGACCAAAGAAGUGUUGUUGGCAUGAAGCUCAGCCAUGUUGACGCUACAGUUCAAGACAUGAUUCCAGAAAAAAACUUCAACAGAAUGUUACCCGUCUCUACAAAAGGAGUUUGUGUUCUUACAACACCUAAAGAAGAAAAAAUGAACUCCCUAAACAUCUUGUGUGUAAAUGAGUGUGAAAACACCAACCUUAAGGCCAUAGACCCCAAGACACUUGAAAGUGAUUUCUAUCGAGGAGGAAAAAUAAGCUGGAAACAUUUGUGGCUCGCUGAGCAGAAAAAAUGUGGGGCAUUCAUUAAGCGCAAUGCUUGUAAAGAAGUUGAGGGCAUGCUGAAGGGCAUCUUAUAUGAAGACACCGUGAAACUCCCUAUAGCACGGAUCAACAUUUUUCACCAGCCAGGCAGUGGGGGGAGCACAGUGGCCAGGCAAAUCCUCUGGAAAAACAAAAAGAACUUACGGUGUGCCAUAGUGAACUCAAGAUACCAAACUACAAAGGUGUGUGAACAUGCGGUGGAGCUCAGAGAGUAUGAAGAAGGGGAUACUAAAAACUGUUUGCCGGUUCUCCUUCUUCUAGAAGACUGUACCGAAGAGUACAUUGAUGAAUUAAAACACAGUUUACGAGAAGCCAUGGUUCAUAAAAAAGUGAGACGUGCAAAGACUCACUUUAUCCUCUUGACCUGUAAACGUUCAAAUGCACCAGAAAAGUCUUGUUCAGCCUCACCCAUCGACACGGUCGCCAUCACCCACAAGCUCAGAGAUAACGAGAAGCUGCUGUUCAAAGGCAAAGCUAAAGAACUCAAAGAAAAUUUUCCUUCUGAUGAUAUGAUCAUUACUUUUGUUUUAAUGAGUCAAGAGUUCAAUAAGAAGUACCUGGAAGACUUUGUGAAGAAUGUGAUGGAAGAUCUGGACCACUCUUCUCCAGUAACUCGUCUGAUCAGAUACGCAGCAUUACUAAAUCAUUAUGUUCAAAAUUCUUAUAUCUCCCUUUCCCACUGUGAAGUCCUUCUGGGAAUUCAGUCCUUUGUUACUCAAGACUACAGACUGAGCCAAAAUCAUGAUCUCAACAGCUUAAGUGAGCAAGCACUGAUCAUGGAGCUAAGGGAUGAAUUAACAUUCAUUUCUGCCAUUCGCAUUUUACAUCCUCUAAUCGCAGGGGAAAUUAUAAAUCAAUAUUCUACCCGUUCAUACCCUCAGAGUAAGAUUGCCCUGGAACUACUCAACGAAUCUGCUGCUCUCAACCACAGAUUUGCAAAGCAGCAAUUUAUAAAAUGUAUAAAAGACUUGUUUUUCCGGCGACACAAGAAAAGUCGUGGUGACAAUGCAGAUAGUUUCUUCUCACCACUAAUAGAACACGUAUGUAAGGAGGAAAGAGACACUGAGAUGGCCAUAAAGCUGCUACAGGUUGCCUUUGAGCAAUUUGAUAAAGAUGCACAUUUUGCACAACAACUUGCCAGACUCCAUUAUAAAAAUUCUAAAUUUGAAGAAGCAAAGAAAUGGGUGGGAACCGCCAAAGCAAAGCUGCCGGAUGAUUCAUAUAUAUUGGACACUGAAGGACGCCUCUACAAGGAAUGGUUUACCGUAAACCAUGACAAGUAUAAGGAGAACGGAAGCUCAGUAGAUGAAAUCCACCUGAUUGAGCUUGGCCUUAAGUCCAUGGAAUGCUUCAGAGAGGCACAGAGAGCUGCAAAUAAUGACAAAGAUACAAUCAAUAACUCCGGAUAUAUGGGGGAAGUAGAUACUGGAUGCAACCUGCUAGAGCUGCUACUAACAUUAUUUGAAAACAUAAAGAAAGACAAGGCAGAAUUGGUGGAAUAUCUUACUGAUGUGAAAUACAUUCCAGAAGAGAUAAAGGACUCCUGGGCUAAUCUACACGAUCGUUUAAAAAGUUUGUACCAAAAUAUGUAUAAAGCUCUAGAGUGGAUUUCAGAAGACGUUGGCUGCUUUCAGGGGGAUAAAAUUGAUGUCUGGGACACAACCAAGAAGGAUGAUUUUGUCGGGAAUUGGUUAGUUAAGCAGACCAAAUUAUUUGCUGAUUGUUUUAGAUCUGUAGACCAGGCAGGACAUUCUGCAUCAGCUGAAGAAAAUCCAUUUGCCAGGAAGAUGGCAAUUUAUAGCCUAGGGGGCAGCAGUGUGGCAACCAUUCUGUCAUUGUUAUCCAAUUCAAAGGUUGAACAAUCAGUUUCAGAUUUGGAGAAGAUCAUCAACUGCUAUCCUAGAGACUUAUCUGAAGACAAGCUGGAUGAUGGUGACCUCAUUAGCCUCAUAAUGUGCCAUAUUGCUCUGGGAAGUGUCCAGCCGGACUCUACAAAACUUUUGGAAUUCAAGAAAUUGCUGGAGAUAAGCCAACGGUUUCUGAAUGAGCGAAAAACAUUUCCUGCAAGUGCCUACUUUCUUAUUUUCAUGCUUUACUGGCCAGAUAAAAACUUCCUAACCUCACAAUAUGCAAAGAAAGGCAAUGUUCUGAACUUUGCAAUGGAAAAAGCUAAACAGCUGCACCAGAAAAGAAUUAAGGACGUCCCCGUCCGUAAGAAAAGAACAAACGUGCUCUUCUUCCUCGGGAAGGGCACCGGCCUGCAGAAGUUCAUUUUCAGAAGUGCUAUAGAAAGGCUUCUAAACCAUCCAUUAAAUGAACGCACCUUCCGAUUUGACAGCGACCCAAACGAUAGAAAACUAAUUCAGGACAAGCUAAAGAAAGUCGAUGGAUGGACAAAAAAUAGAAAAGUCUACACAAAGGGCCCUUUCGGAAAAGGGAAGAUCGAGGUCUUACCUCUAAACUAUUCAUCAGUUCCUCAUGGGGAUGAAAAUGUGACUUUCUACCUGGGAUUCACCUACAUUGGAUACGUAACUUACGGGAUUGAAGUAAAAAAAACAUUAAAGUGGAUCUGAACCCAAGAAGAGAAAUGUCAUAUAUUGCACCUUGCCUGCCCUUAGAUGUGAUGGCUGCAUUUGUUUUCUUUUUUUUUUCAUUUGGUGAUACUGUGAUACACUUCUUGUCCUAGGGUGACAAAGCCUACUCACUGUACUGUAUCAGUGGAGGAGGCAGCAAUGUCACCCAAGGACUGAACUACAGAACACCUACCCCAUGCCUACUUUUUGCCAGAACAUGGAGGGAGGUGUUCUGUGGUACACACAGAGAACUAGGAACAAGGUGAUACCAGUCAGAGCACAGCAAGUUAUACGCUCAUGAGAUUUGUGACAGGAUUGAAUUGGUAUUUGAUGCUCUUAUUGAACAUGGCAAGCUUUACACACAUUUUAAGCAGUUGCAAAAUUUGGGUCCAACUUCUCCUUUAUCACACCAGCAACAAAGUUUUCCAUGAAAUGAGCACGUUCCUGAACUAUUUCACCAGUAUGCUUCAGCAUAAUAUGUAUGCCUGUAAAAAAGAUAUAUAUGUAUUUUUUUUUAAACGA